AUGGCGGCCUACUAUGAUAGUUUCACGACGGGAGGCUGUGAAUUUAAAGAACUGUCGGACGAACAAGCUGUAGUGGAUAUGUGGGCCACCACACGCAAGUCUAUUGGACCAAGGUCUCACAAGUCGAGCCGGGCCCCGAGCCGGGCCCCGAGCCUGGCCCCGAGCCUGGCCCCGAGCCUGGCCCCGAGCCUGGCCCCGAGCCUGGCCCCGAGCCUGGCCCCGAGCCUGGCCCCGAGCCUGGCCCCGAGCCUGGCCCCGAGCCUGGCCCCGAGCCUGGCCCCGAGCCUGGCCCCGAGCCUGGCCCCGAGCCUGGCCCCGAGCCUGGCCCCGAGCCUGGCCCCGAGCCUGGCCCCGAGCCUGGCCCCGAGCCUGGCCCCGAGCCUGGCCCCGAGCCGGGCCCCGAGCCGGGCCCCGAGCCGGGCCCCGAGCCGGGCUUGA